UACCCUGGGAGAACUCAAGCUAGGUUGAACCCGGACCCGGGUAGCUUUUGUAGUGUAAACCGGUCUUAAGUUGAAUUUCUGAAUUAAUAAAGCCCCCUGAAUGACUGCUUUCUUUUCCUGUCACUAAAGUGAAACUGCCAAUACGGAAGACGGGACUUAUCAAGAGGACUUUUGUUAACUUGAGCAGGAGGUUUGUGAAGAAUGUAAAGCUCAUUUAUAUCCAAGUGCAAACGAAUAGUAUUGAUGUCAAAGAGUGCACAGCACAAGACAUGGAUUAAAGACAAGAGUUUCUUGAAAAUGCGGUCAUUUUAUCUAUCUCCUGUCUUUAUCGUAAAUUGGUAAACCAGCUUGUUUGUUCGCCUUACAUUUCAAGGAAUAGCCUUUAACAAGCGUUACUGCGUUGGUAGACGCUUUUAUUGCUACACAGGCUGCGUAAUGAUUACAAAACUCUGGACAGUGAUCGCCCUGGUGUGGGCCGUCAUAGCAAUUGUCUGGGCCAUUGACGAUCCUCAUCUCCGAUUUUACUUGGGAGACCUGCAUAGGAACAGAUCAAACUACGUUUUCACUGCACCAGAGGUUCUGCAUCCAGGAAAAGUGGCAACUAUUGGUGUUUUUGUGUCAAAUUUGAAGACUGAUGUACUCAUUCACGUUUACCUAGUGACCUGGCACGGGGAAAAAGUUCUAGCAAGUGCAGAAAAAUAUGUCUCGAUAUCUGAUUCAGGUAGAAAGCCAUACCUUUUAAAGCUCUGGGUUCCCAGUAUGGUGAAAAAUGAGUACGCUCUACUUGUUAUUAGUAUGCUGCAACAUCCUUACCGGGAAGAGAGAAAGGUUGUGAGAAUAAUGAAAGAAAAGCCAGAUAUAAUGUUAAGUACAGACAAAGCUUACUACCAGCUUGGAGAAAACGUUGAAUUGUGGGUGUUUGCGUUGGAUCAUCACCGAAUGCCAUACGAAGGACAGGCAAGUUUCUAUUGAUCUAUUUUGCAUUUGUUUGGAUAAUUAAGGCAACAUGUGAUUUUUGAGCAUGCAAUAAUUGCCAAUUUUAUGUUGAUCAUGUCCUUACUCUCUUGCAAAGCCAACAAAUUUACAUUUCCCUCAACUGAAAAAUUUUUAAAACACAAAAAUGUUUCUUCUACAAGCUUUUCUAAGCAGAUCAAAAGGUGUUGACUUGUAAGCUUAAUGUCAACAAAACCUUUCCUGUUUUUAAAUGAAUUCUAUUUAGCAGAGUUUUACGGCAUUGUGCCAUACAAGCCGAUGAUCGACUGCGCUCCUUCUUCUUGAGUAUCGAAUUAUUCAGCUAGAAUUGCAACAUACUGCUGCUACUUCACAUGUUUUGCAUCGGAGUACCUUUCCUGUCACCGAAUAAAUAUGGACCAAAUGCAUCUUUCGCUCUAGUAUUUUUGCAAGCAAGAAACUUUAAACGAAAAUGAGAACGAAACCAAAAAGAAAAGCAAACACGGCCAGGAUUUAAUGAAAACAUGAAGAAUAUAAGUUUUGUGAAGAAUAUAAGUUUUGGGAAGAAUAUAAAUUAAUAUGAAGAAUUCAAGUUUUAACUCUUUCAGUUGCUUUAUAAAGAGAGGUUUUAUCUUUCAAAUACAUGGUUUAUUUGUGUUUACAAAAAUUCUGUAGAAUGUACAUAGGCAUAUCUUUGAAAUUGGUUAUAACAUUAUUCUUAUAUCAAUUCUUUGUUAUAUAAAAACUAUCAAUUUCUUUUUACUAGCUAGAGGGGACGAGUUUUUAACCAAAAAAAUUUAAAUAUGCGAUUGAAUUUGGUGUAUAUCUCCUUUUUCUUAAAGACUACUGACUUACUUUGGCAGCCAUUUGAAACAUUUUCUACAUGGUGAUCUAGUAAUUAGGUUAUUGAUAUUGUGAUUCUGUGGCGGGAGCCAUGUUUUCUAGGCCUCUACUUUAAUGCCAGAGAACCCUGGGUACCAGACUCAAUAGAGUAACGCAAGAUAAUCUGCGGGCCAAAAGAAUUUAAAAUCUUCUCGUCUUUUUCAGAUUCAAAAAGCUAUGCUGAUGGUGAGCAUGAAAGCAUUUAAAUGAUUCCUAAUUAAUUAUAAUUGAGCAUUUAAAAUAUUUAUUUGAUCAAAACUAUAGAAUUACUUUUUUAUUUCAAUGCCGAAAACUGACUUUAUUAGACAGGACUUCCUUUUCUCUGUUAUGUAGAAUAUAAGCUUUAACUCUUUCAGUUGCUUCAUAAGGAGAGGUUUGAUCUUUCAAUUACAUGGUUUUUUUGUUUUCUGUAAAGUGUACAAAGGCAUUUCUUUGAAAUUUGUUGGAACAUUAUUCUUUAUCAAUUCUUUGUUAUAUAAUAAAUUGUAAACUGCUUUUUACUUAGGACCUUGAUAUGGGCGAGCUGUAUGAUUUAAUUGAAAAUAUUCCCUUAAAGAGAGGUAUCGCAAGUGUAUCUUUCUCUACAAGUAAUGUUGUCCAAAAUGGAAAAUUCUUGAUAAAACUGAUGCUUGAAAACUACGAAAAAGUCAUCAAAAUACAAAUUGGGUCAGGCAACUUGGAUACGUCAAGUAAUGCGGUAGCCAGUUCCUUGUUUGGAUUCCAGAAACUGCCUCAAAAAGAAUUGCGCGUGCCUGAUGAAACAUUUUACUCACGCUCUGGGAUGAAAAUAAAUAUCAUGAUGCAGGAAGGUCCUUUUGAGGUAAAUUAUUUUUAUGAAUUAUGGGCUACCGUUUUGCAAUAAACUUCGCUCUAAGUAGCAACUAGUGCUGCCAGUAAAUGUGCAGGCAAAGCAAUUCAGUAUUUCUUCUUCUUCUUCCGUUUUCAGCUUACGCCGAGUCGGGCACCGUCUUAAGCCUCUUUCAACUGGUGCUUGCCAUGUCAUUCGUUGCUGUCCAGCUCUUCUUUAACCUCUUCGUGCUCUCCGUUCCAUUGUUGGCUAAGCGAUUCUAUUGCUGUUCAUCCUGGCUACAUGACCUAACCACCGGAGCCUCGUUUUUCUCACUUCUACACUAAGUGCUUCUUGGUGUGAUCUUAUAUCUUGGUUUCGUGCAUGCUGCUGCCAUCUAACUCUCGAGAUUCUUUCUGGUCAAAACACCUAUUUUUUCUCUUGCCUCUCAGUUAACUGCUAAGUUUCUGAGCCGUACAAGAACACGGGUAGAACACAGGCGUUACAAAUUCUAAUCUACACCGUUAACCUGAUGCUUUGAUUUCGCCACACUUUUGCGAUUUACGAGAAAGCAAAUGAUGCAAGAGCAGUUCUCCUUUUCAGUUUGACGUCCACAUUUCCUGAUCCAUUAAUAGAGCUUCCUAUGUAGAUGAUACGUUCAGUAUUAAGUGCUACAAUAGUCAAUCAGUUGUUAUUCGAGACUUUUGUCCAAUUCUAAAUGAUAUCUGAAUUCAUUGCAAAAAAUGUUUGUGACAGCACUGUUUUUUUGCUACGAAAAACAGGAUGUUGGGUUUCAAUGCAUUGUAAAAUUCCGUCCUCUUUACCCUAUAAAU